AGCUACUAGUAACUAGGGAUCCAGUUAUAUCAAAUAUACAACUUUGGUAAUUAAUGCAUGUUAUACCAUCUUAUAACAUUAUAGCCACAUUGUGGAUAGCAAUACCACAAUAAAAAAAUAUGUAUCGUCUAACCGGAAAGUAAAUUACAGGCAAAACAACUGACGACAACGGAAGUGAUUGAAAGGGGAAAAAUGAGAACAUAAUUUUCGAAGUGGAGUGUAAAUGCAUUGCUGUCAGUGCAGCAGUGUGGUUGAAUCAGAUUUGUCUAUCCGGGGUUUGGUAAAUGAUUCUUUUAUUACUGAAGACAGCGCUCGGGUUUUGUAUUGGUAUUGUUCUCAACACUGCGUUUGACGCUUCGGUGCCUUUGUCUUGUUCAGAAGAGAAUAGUUAGCUGGAGCACGAUCACUAACCGUCUUAAAAACAAAAAAAUACUGUGUCACACCAGUAACAACUGUAUUUAUAUUUAUGCGAAGCUUUACUUCACGAAGAAGAAAACGCAUACAGUAUCGAGUCUUUUCUCUUCUUGGAGAGUAAGCUUUUUUUUUUCCUGAAGAACUGAAGAGGAUUUUUUUUCAAUUGAGCAAAAUGUGUACCUCCUGUUUGGGACAGGUGGCGUGUUGCUGUGGAUCAGCUGCUUGCUCUCUCUGCUGUAGUUGCUGUCCAAAGAUCAAGCAGUCCACUGGAACCCGCUUCAUGUACGCGCUCUACUUUCUGCUGGUCACUGUCAUCUGCGUCAUCAUGAUGUCUCCCACAGUAGCGGAAGGGAUGAAGGAACACAUUCCCUUCUACAAGGACCUGUGUGAACACGUGCAGGCCGGUGUGAAUUGUGAAAAGCUGGUGGGUUACUCGGCCGUCUACAAGGUCUGCUUUGGGAUGGCCUGCUUCUUCUUUAUCUUCGCUCUUUUCACAAUCAAAGUACAAGACAGCAUGAGCUGCCGGGCACGUGUCCAUAAUGGGUUCUGGUUCGUGAAAUUUGUGGUCCUGCUCGUCUGCUGCUCAGGAGCCUUCUUCAUUCCGGAUCAGGACACAUUCCUUAAUGUGUGGCGCUACGUCGGGGCAACAGGAGGAUUUCUCUUCUUGGUCAUCCAGCUCAUCCUCCUAGUGGAGUUUGCCCACAAGUGGAACAAAAACUGGAGUUCAGGAACAAAGCACAACAAGCUGUGGUACGCGGCUCUGGCCCUAGUAACGCUCGUUCUGUUCUCAGUGGCCGUGGGGGCCCUGAUUCUGAUGAGUAUAUUCCACACCCAUGCAGAGGGUUGCACACUCAACAAGAUAUUCCUGGGGGUCAAUUCUGGCCUUUGCCUAUUCGUCUCAAUGCUGGCCAUCACUCCAUGCGUUCAGAAACGUCUACCAAACUCAGGUCUGCUGCAGUCAGGUGUUAUCAGUGUCUAUGUCAUGUACCUCACAUACUCCGCACUUGCAAGCAAACCUGCAGAACAAAUUAAGGGGCCGAAUGGUAAUAACAUUACCAUCUGUGUCCCUUCCUUCAGCUCAGACCUACAGGAUGAGAAUAAGCUAGUUCCAGCUCUGGGCACCAUUAUAUUGUUUGGCUGUGUUCUGUACUCAUGUCUGACCUCUACAACACGAUCAAGCACUGCUGCUCUGCGGGUGUGCAAGACCAAUGUCCCUGACAACGAGGUGGCGCGCUGCUGUUUCUGCUGUGGCCCAGAAGAUGAUGGUGACUAUGAAGUGCAUAAUAAACUCGGAGGGCAGGCAGUGAUAUAUGAUGAGAAGGAAGGCACGGUCUACAACUAUGCGUUUUUUCACUUCGUCUUCUUCCUCGGAUCUCUUUACGUCAUGAUGACUGUCACUAACUGGUUCCAUUUUGAUGAUGCAAAAAUUGAGAAGCUGUUCCAUGGGAGCUGGUCCACCUACUGGAUCAAGAUGGCUUCCUGUUGGGUCUGUCUCUUUCUCUACACCUGGACCCUCAUUGCACCCAUUGUCUGCCCAAAAAGGGAGUUCAUCAACUGAGGGACUCUGAGCACUGCCUUCCACCUCCUUACUGUCGACUGGUUACGUGUGAACAUGGUUUAAAUUCCUAAAGCAUUAUAUAUAGGUACCUUUAAAAAAAAUAAAUAAAAAAAUAAAAAAAGAUUUGUUUUGUUACAUUUGCCAGUCAGUAGCUCUGUGAGAUGUGUGUUCUUGCAAGCCAUAUAGACUUCCCUAAAGGAUAUCUUGUUCACUUUCCAAUCUCCUAGCUCUCUGAGGAUUCAGGACAGCAGUGGUCUCAAGGCAGGCAGUAACUUUCAGAGGAUUGUGUUACAAUAUCAUUUGAUGAAGAGAACACUUUGUGAAAAACUCCAGCAAGCCUCCUGCCUCUGGCCUUGCUUGGAUUUUAGGUCAAACACAAAGCUUGUGGAACUGUGUGUGUGUGUUCUUUUUUUUGUUUUUUGUUUUUUUAUUAUUGUAGCAAUAGUGUAAUGUAGUACAUUUUAUAUUUUAAAUUAGAUGACCAGGAAUAAUAAGAAAUAUACAAAUAAGUGACCACAGACAUAAGAAUAAUAUUGUUUGGGGGCCAGUAACUUUUUAAAUUACAUGUACUGCUAUGAUUGUUAUAAGCAGUGUGACUGUUGUGUUUUUUGUUUUGUUUUGUUUUUUUAACAAGUUUGAAAGCCAUAACCAAAAAAUGAAUGUAUUGUAUUUCCACAAAGAAACGGGAGUCAGAUAUUAAGUUCUAAAAAUAUCCAUAUGAAAAGAAAAAAAAUGUUCAGGGGGAUACAGUAAAGAAUUUGCCUUUCUUAAUUGUGUGAAUUCAGGUUAUUCUGUCUUACUGUACAUGUCUUUAAUUUGCAGGUUUAAUUCAAGACAAAGCUUUCUGUUCUGAACACAUUAUAUUGCUGCAGACAAGUACAAUUACACAAAACUGUAAAAGGGUGCUAACAAAUCCAUUUAUUCCCUCUUACUAGCUCUAGUAACCUAAAUACACCCCUUUUAUUGUCACAUUAAUUCAGGAUUUGAAAAUAUAUCGUCCAAACUAAUAAACUGCUACAUCCUGGUACCUUUUUCUCUUUAUAAUUCAAAUAUAUGAUAAGUGCCAAUAAGAAGAAUGUGCUUUUUAAAACUGAAUGAAUGAUCUUUUCUCAGCGCAAGAUUAAUAUUACUUGCGUUGAGUUUAGAUAUCUUGUAACUAUGGCAAACUGAAGGAUAUUAAGGUAAUAUUUGUAGUGUAUCAGGACAUUUUGUUGAAUGCCAAAUUAAUUAUGAUGGGAACUCCUCAAUGUCUGUCUUGACAAGCAAGAUUCAUUCUUUGUAGGAGCAAUGGAGGCGAUGAAUUAAUUGUCCUUUGCAAGGGUUGAAAAAUUGAAAAACUGUUACGCUGAAAAUAAGGAGUCGGGCCACCGUUGGCAUCCACAGCCAAGCUGGCUUCGAUUUUAUGUGACGCAUCUACAGAGGUGAAAUUAUUUUGGAAGGCUACACGAAAUGACAGCAUGUCUCGCUGAGUUAGGGGGGUAAUCUGCAGGAAAGUCUGUUCUAAGAAUGACCCAGAUGGUACUGUCAGUGUCAACCCACUGUCCUAGUCUGUUCCGUUUUACAUCUUGGCCUUGGUGACUGAAAAAGACUGUACACGUCUAGUCUAUCAAUUAAAGGGUAUUUCUUCUGUCACCAGUGUAUUCCAGUACGUAGAUUACGGAAUUGCACAAUUUUUGUCCAACCCUCUGCAACUUUUCUUUAUGUAAAAAUAUCUAACCCUUGUACGUACGUAUGGUUACAUCUAUUCCAUCAUGCGUUUAAUCCUUUUCCUUUUUUUUUUUUUUUUUUUUUUUUGUAAAUAGCAUUUUACAGAAUCAAUAUACAUGGGAUAUUUAUAUGGUGUGAAUAAGAUCUGGCUAUUUCAAUUCAGAAAUACAGAUUAAAAAAAAAAGAUCAACCUGUUUAAAAAGUUUAUGAAAAUAAAAGUUUGACCCCUUUUGACUUACUGCAACCUUUUCUAUAUAUUUCUGUGAAUAAAAGGAAUCAAAAGUGAUUGUAGUCUUUCUCAUAGUGUAUACUGUAUAACAAAAUAUAUAAAUAACCUAAUAUAAGAUUUUUAUACCUUUUUACAAGUAUGUUAAAAUUACUGUAACAAGUUCAGUUUCCACUUAUCUUUCUAGUUGGAUUUUGCUGGCAUCCACGCUCAUGAUAUCAAAUAACCCAUGGUGAUCAGAGAUCAGUACGAUUAUGCAUUUUGAUGUCAAGACAUGAGGGGUUUCAGUGUGGUGCGUGCUUACUUAUAGUGGAAGCCAUCAGAAACCAACUAGCAGCACCUUCACAGAACUGCAAUGUGUGUCAUAAUCAGAAAUCAAUUCAUACAGGAUGUGGAGUGUUCUGCAAAACUAGAGGUGUUUACCACACAAUAUAGCUGUGGGAAAUUAAACAGCAUGCUCUUUUACGGGUUUGGUGUUGUUAUAGUGGGGUCCUUUAUCCGUUGGUCAAAAACCUCCAACUGGGAAGCAGUGUGGGAUGAUGCUGUGGAUGGGCAUAUCAACUCAAUCAAUUGAAAAAUCCUUGCCAACAUAGUCUGUCUGAAGCAUGUCAAAUAUAAUCUGCUAAAUAAAAAAUAAAUAAGGGGACCACACUGAAGAGGUUUUUAGAUUGUUUUGUUGUUGGGAACACUGAAUUGUUACCCUAUUUGUAUUUAAACAUAACCUGGGAAUACUCUCUGCGACUUUUAAUGUGGGCGUCUGAAAAUGUAAACCGUAGUUGAAUUAUGCUCCCUCUCAGCAGUUUCACUUUGUUGUAUUUCUUUCUUUUAAUUGUUAACAUAAAGAUGCUUCUGUUUACAAGUGUCCCUCUGCAAUAAGCGUGCGUUGUUGAAACGUACAGUUGUAUAAAAUUCUAGGAAAGGGAAGUAUUCAGCUCUGUUUUUUUUGUUUUUUUUAAUUUUCAAUUGAGGGGUAAUCCAAACGUGCACAUUCCUGAGGGAUCACUUAGUUUUUUGUUUUGUUUUGUUUUGUUUUUUUUAUUAACUUUUGCUUUGAAUAAAAAUAAA